AUGACUCGGCUCAUUGGAGAGGAGAUGCGCUGCAUCCCAUCGGUGGUCCUUGAGUUGCUCCGUUCGGUAAUCCUGGCAAGGACGGCUCACUGGGAUGAGUUUCAACAAUAUACCGAAGGAGACCCUGGAGUCGGGAGGUCCCAUACAGCUGACAGAACGUUCAUGAUCGUACUAUACAAGGCAUUCGAGACCUUUGAGGUCCUAUCUGCAAAGUCCCAGGAUACAAGCCAAGAGGCGCAGUACGGUUUCCAAGCAGCCGAUGCCAUUGAGGAAAUCGUCCUCGCCAACAACUUCUUAGUCCGGGAUGGCGAAGCGCUGGACGACGAAGGGUCCGAUGAAGAAUUUAACGAAGGAUUCUCCGUGACUCAAAAGCGCGCUCGAAAAAGAUACAGCACGAAAAGCAAGGGGAAGAGAAAGAAGAAGGUGAGGACCGCGACGCAAGCUUUUCCCGGAGACGCAACAAUAGGGAAAGUGCCUCUGAAGGAUUACCACUUUCUCAGAACCGAUGACGAACUGACAACGGAGUAUGCCAUGGCCACCUGUUCGUAUUUUCGGGAGUGUGCCAGUCUCCGAGCCUACCUCCAGGAUAUUUGGCGUGAGGUUGCAUACGACGGCCUCAACAGUGUUGUUGCUGGCGCCAUGGUUCAACUGGCCAUUGGAAUGGUAAAACAAACCGAGUCGAAAGUCUUCGCCGACUUCCCGAGCCUAGUCUCUUACAAAACGCUCGAGAGGACCAUCACGCCGGGGAACGUCUAG